AAAUUAAUGACCACAUGAUCAGAGGUCAAGGGCGUACAUCAAACCUGGAUUAAGCCAGAAACUUGAUAACAAAACAAUAUUCAUUUUCCAACAUGGACAGUAGUUUAACUGCGUUGUGUAUGCUAUUAUUAAUAGGGACGGUGGUUUCUGGUGAUUUGAAAAUAACUGAUAAUAUACCAUCACCAUACAGAUUGAUAGCUGGAAGUCAGUUUUCAUUAACUUGUGAAUAUGAUGGAGGAAAUGAUCAAACAGAGAUUUCAUUUGAAAAAGAUGGCCAUCUGGUAGGCCCACAGUUUAAUAAGGCCAUUAAGACAGUGGGGAAUAAAGUGGUUCUGACAAUAACGUUGAACAGACCAAAUGGUGCAGAGAUUGGUGAUGGGGGAGAAUUUGGUUGUAAAUAUGGAGUAAUGAACAGUUUCAAACAUACUGUUGAUAUAUUCGAAGUAAAACCAACAGAGGCAGUGGUACCUGUUAAAACGGAGAAAGACAAAACUGGCAAAACUGUGGAAUUAAAAUGUGAACCAACCUUUGAGAGUAUAGCAUCAGCACAUGACAACAAAUAUACCAUGGAAUGGUUCAAAGAUGGAAAACAAUUGUCUGAAAUCGAAUCACUGAAGGGACGGUACAGCGAAGACAAUAGUAGUCUCACAAUCACCAAAGCUAAACGUGAUGAUAUGGGAAAAUACCAGUGUGUUUUUGUAUUCGCCGAUAACAACGACAGAAUUAAUCAGACUGUCUUGUUGAAAGGAACUCCAAUGAUUGACUCCUCAUUUCCCCCGUCUAAGAACCUAGUUCAAGGAGAUGAUUGGAGGAUCACAUGUAAAGUUACAGGAUUUCCUUACCCAGAAGUCUACUGGUCAAAAGAAGGAGAGCCACUACCUGAUGACACUAGAAUCCAUCUUGAAGAUGAUGGACCUUAUGUUGGUGCAAAGCUCCUCAUUUACAGCUUGACCUUUGAAGAUCAGGGAAACUAUGAAUGUCAUUCUAACUCAACCUCUGCCUUUAAUGGUACCUCAGCUACAGUUAAAUUGAGGGUCAAAGAUCGUCUUGCCGCCUUGUGGCCGUUCCUUGGAAUUGUUGCUGAAGUCAUUAUUCUGUGCAUCAUUAUAUUUAUCUAUGAGAAGAAGAAGAGCAAAGAGAUGGAAGAUGAAGUUGACUCCCCUGCCACUGAUGAUGCUAAAGUUCAUAUAGACAGAGCUGAUGAUGUCAGACAAAGAAACAACAGAGCCUAGAGAUCUACCUCCAAUCAUUCCUCAGUCAUUCCCAGAAUAUAUAAAUAGCCACUGACUACAUAAUUACAAAUAUACUUAAGUUCAUUACUGUUUUGGUGCAUGUAAACAUCAAGGAAAUACACAUGUAUUUUGCAAUUUAAGAUAUUAUUUUAUUGUUAUGUUGAAGAUGAAAGAAAACCAAUUUUAUGAUCUCAUCAAUUUAUAUGUAGUGUGCUAUGGAAGAAGGAAUUGCCUGAAUUGUUAUGUAUUAAACAUUGUUAUAAAACAAGAUGUGUGAUUUGAGUCAUACUUAAUACACUAGAAAGCAAAUGCUUUCCACUACUAUGGUUUAAAUCUUAAGUUAUGUAUAUUUUUUUUUAACUUGAUGAAGACUAAAGCUGCUGAGUCUUUAUGAUUUAAAAAUACAUCCAUUUGAAUAUGUAUCAUGUUAUAUUAUCAUUUGCUUAAACAUAGCCAAAAUUCACAACGGUAUCUGACAAAAACUUGUACUAUUUUAUUGAAUAAAUAAGCCUACCUACAAAUUUUUGUAGUCUAGGUCAUCUAACACACACCAUGAAGAACAAGUCAAGGACAUCAGCAUACCUGCUGCAGUUACACAUGAAUUUUGACUGUGUUUAAAUAAUCAUUUAUGUAGACAUUCAAAUUGAAUUUGUUUGUUUAUACUUGAUCAUGUUUACUAUUUUUAUAAGUAAUACAUCAUUGAAAUGUAAAUACAUUGUUACAUGCUUUUUUUUUUAUUUCCACCUCUUUGAAGAAUAUGCUAUUCAACUUUUGGAAAAUGUCUCCUUUGAAAAAAAUACCCAUUUAACUGGUAAAAAUUUAUUGUUUAUAUAAAAGCACAAACUCGUUUGGUAUAUUACCUGCUGUUUUAAUAUACAUUGAAUUCUUCACAUUUGAUUAACCAUUGCCGUAUGUACCGUAUGUAUGCGCCCUUGCCCAUUGUUGUAGGUGGUUGGAUGUAUAGAUACUCACUAAGUGGUCUUUUUAUUUGAUGGCAGGUGGAUAAUUUGUUUCCAAAUUGGCAGUCAUCCACAUUUCUUUGUUUUAAAAAGAUAUUUCUUUGGGUUUUCUUUAAAGAGGUGGACUGAUAAAGCUACCUUUUUUUAUAUUAACAAAGUGUAUUGGAUGUGUAGAGUGUAUUAUUGGAUAAGUAUCUUUUUUUCAUAUUUAAAAGAUUGAAUGGUUGUUAGAGAAAAAAAAUAUAACCAGAAUUUUUGUAGCAAAAUGAAGUAGGUCAUGAAUAUUGUUAGAACUUUCUGAUAAUCUAUGUAAUAUUUUUGUGUUUUAAGCAUAAGUAAAAAAUAUAUAGUUUUUAUAACAAAUAGUGCUUGUUUUGAAAUCAACAAUAAAUUAAAAAUAUAAACAAAACAAUACCAAUAUCGAUUUGUAGUGUAACAGUUAUUGUCAGAAAUAACAGUCAGAAAAUUAUAGUAAAACAUUGGUACACAGGUACAUUUUGGGUCUUGUGGUUAUGUUACAAAAUGUUUUAUAAACAAUCUUCAUGUUGACAAUAGUAUCUGGAAGUCCACCAGUAUUUACCAAUUAACAAUGCUGAGAACAAUAAACUGACUAAAAGAUGGUGAAGUUCAGAUGAUCCCUAGUAAGAUUUCAAUGAAGGGUAUGACCUGUAAAUUUUUUAUUUUUGUUUUAUUAGCAUUUUUAAGAUUGUUUCUUGCUGCCUUAUAUCAUUCAGAUGCCAUUACACAGUGUGUAAAUAUUUUAUUGCUUAUGAUUUUAAUUAAUGGGAGAUUAAAUAAGUCUUUGAGACAUUUGCAAUAUGUGAUUUGUGUGAGAGUGUAAGAAAGAAAAAUAUUUCUUUUAUUUUAAUGUUGUCUGUGUUUUAUUAAAAAAGGUACUUCAACAUUGUAAUAAAAUAACGACUUCUAUAUGUGAGGGUUGUUUUUAAGAAGAUACAUAAAAAAGUACUUUAAAUGUUAUGGACUUCAAAUAAUGUUGUCCUAUAAACACUCUGAUAGCUGGCAGAUAAAACCAAAAAUGAAGGAUAAAUGAAUAAGUAAUAUACAGAUUAUGAAAAAUCUAUUAGGACAAACUUUACAGUGAAAGAUUGAAAAGAACAAUGUAUUGAGUGUUCAAUUUUAAAUGAGUUUAUUUAUCAGACUCAAUAAAUUAUUUUCAUUUGAUUUUAAUCCAACAGUAUGAUUUUGUAAGUCUGGACGUUGUUACAGUAAAGUGCUAUUUCAAUAGUUCCUAAUGAUUAAAUCUGUGCAAUGUUCUCACAUGAAUAGUAUAGUCAUUAUAUAGGGCAGUUUAUGGGUGUAUAUUAGGUUGGUUUUAUAUAGAUAAAUGAGGGUGAAUGAGACAUGUUAUUAUGUAACUUGUAAAUAUCUAUUGGUUGAGAAAAUAUGUCAAUGAUGUUUAUGUGAAAAUUUGAUAAAAGAAAUGAGAAAUAUUGAUUUGAAUUAAACAAACAGCUGCAGGGUGCCUGAUAAAUUAUGAAUAUAAGAUCUGUUUCUUUAAAUUUUUUGAAAAUUUCUAUCGAUAUAAAAUUUUAUAGUGUCUAAAUUUCAUUUAUCAUGCCUAAUAGGAUUGGAACCUACUAGAAAUUAAAUAGUACAACAUAGUUUGUUUAUCUGUGUUGAUCUGUACCUGUACUUGUGUUAUAAUUAUUCAGAAUUUGCUUUAGAAUUAAUGAGUAUAUGACUUUGAAUUAUUUAAGGGAUGUUAAAUGUGAUAGUAUCAAUAAACUGAAUGUACCCA